GUUCAUACCGGUCCUUUUGUCCCAGAGCCCAUUUAUGAUGCUGCUCCAAGUGAAAUUCAUGACAGAAUGGAUGGUUUCCAAGAUCAGUUUGAAGAAUUGCAGAAAGAGAUGAAAGCUCUCCGUGGGAAAGAACUGUUUGGAAAGAAUGUGCAUGAUCUUUGCCUUGUUCCCAAUGUGAAAGUACCUGCUAAGUUCAAGCUGCCUGAAUUUGAGAAGUACAAAGGAAAUUCCUGUCCUCAGGCACACCUGGUGAUGUAUAUAAGGAAGAUGUCCACUCACACUGAUGAUCAACGUCUGUUGAUUCACUAUUUCCAAGACAGUCUGACUGGAGCUGCUUCUAAGUGGUAUAUGGGCCUUGAUAGCACCCAUAUCCGCACUUUCAAUGACUUAGCUGAAGCGUUUGUGAAGCAAUACAAGUAUAAUGUGGACAUGGCUCCUGAUAGGGAUCAAUUGCGAGCUAUGAUGCAGAAAGAGAAGGAAUCCUUCAAGGAAUAUGCUCAGAGAUGGCGUGAGGUUGCCGCCCAAGUGAUUCCUCCGAUGGAAGAAAAAGAGAUGACUAAGAUUUUUCUGAAGACUCUUGGUCCGUUUUAUUAUGAGAGGAUGAUUGCUAGUGCUCCUGUAGACUUCACCGAAAUGGUGGGUAUGGGUGUCAGAUUAGAAGAAGCUGUGCGAGAAGGUCGUUUGGUUCGAAAUGACAAUUCAUCUGGUGGUGCGAAGAAGUACGGUUCUUCAUUCCAGAAGAAGAAAGAGUCAGAUGCCAAUGUUGAUCCUAUCCCUAUGACGUACACUGAACUGUAUCCUGCUCUAAUUCAUAAGAAGCUGGUUCAACCAAGGUCACCACCUCCUGUUCCAGAGAAACUCCCUUGGUGGUACAAGGCUGAUGCCACUUGUGCUUUUCAUCAGAAUGCUCCUGGGCAUGAUCUGGAAAAUUGUUGGCCCCUGAAGAAUGAAGUUCAGAGAUUGGUCCGUUCUGGAAUGCUCUCUUUCCGUGAUAUUGGCCCAAAUGUGAAGAACAAUCCGUUGCCAACUCAUGAAGCGUCUGCUGUGAAUAUGGUGUAUGGAUGCCCUGGGAAGUAUAAGAUUUAUCGUGUAGAACACAUCAGAGGAUCAUUGGUAGAGAUGCAUGCCACUCUGUGUGAAUACAGUCAUUAUGAACAUAAUCAUGCUGCUUGUAGGAUUUGUUCAGUCAAUCCUCGAGGGUGUUACAUUGUAAGAAGAGACUUGCAAGAGAUGAUAGAUCAAAGGCUCAUUGAGAUUCUGAGGGAUAGAGAUGAAGAUGAUGUCAAUGUGAUUGAACCAUGCUUUGAAAUCCCGGAAUGUGUAGAGAUUGGUUAUUAUGGCAAAGCUGCUGUGGAACCUCUUGUGAUAUGUUUGCCUGGAUCUGUACCUUAUAGUUCUGAUAAAGCUGUACCUUACAGAUAUAAUGCCACCAUGUUGGAAGCUGGAAAAGAAGUUGAGAUUAAGCCUCUGUCUUCUGUUGAGAAUAUAGCAGAUGUCAGUAGAGUGACUAGAAGUGGACGAGUUUUUACUCAGCCCCAAACAGUUGUGGAUGUCCAGAGGAAUCCUACUCAAGUGCCUGUGAACAAUAAUGAUGUGACAAAAGUGAAUGCUGGGUCAUCUUCAGAAAAGGAGAUGGAUGAGAUUUUAAAGCUUAUCAAGAUGAGUGAUUAUAAGAUCGUGGAUCAGCUGCAUCGCACUCCGUACAAGAUUUCUAUAAUGGAGCUGCUGGCGAAUUCUCCUGCUCAUAGGGAUUCUCUGAUGAAAAUACUUGAUCAAGCCUUUGUGGAUCAUAAUGUGACGCUGGAUCAGUUUAAUGGGGUUGUGAGUAAUAUCACCGCAUGUAAUAAUUUGAGCUUCAGUGAUGAAGAUUUGCCUGAGGAAGGAAGAAAUCAUAAUUUGGCUUUGCAUAUCUCUGUCAGUUGCAAAGAGGACUCAAUGUCUAAUGUGUUGAUUGAUACUGGAUCAUCUCUGAAUGUCAUGCCAAAAUCCACUCUUGCUAAGCUGUCUUAUGGUGGCACACCAAUGAGAUUUAGCAACCUGAUUGUCAAGGCUUUUGAUGGAUCGAAGAAAUCAGUGGUUGGAGAGGUUGAUUUGCCUAUUGGUAUUGGACCAUUUGUCUUCAAGAUUACUUUUCAAGUGAUGGAUAUUUUCCCUGCGUACAGUUGCUUAUUAGGACGCCCGUGGAUCCAUGAGGCUGGGGCAGUUACUUCAACUCUUCACCAAAAGUUGAAAUUUGUGAAAGAUGGAAAGAUGGUUGUUGUGAAUGGAGAACAAGCUUUGCUAAUUAGUCAUCUCUCUUCAUUCCGUACCAUAGAAGCUGAUGAAGUGGUCAUUGGAACUGCAUUCCAAGCCCUGUCUGUUAAUGAUGAAAUCAAAAAAGAUGAAGCUUCCAUUGCCUCCUUCAAAGAUGCUCAACUGGUGGUUCAGAAUGGACAUUCAGGAGUCUGGGGACAAGUGGUGAGUCUUCAAGAGAACAGGAAUAGAGCUGGUCUG